AUGGUGCCCUCCGAUGGGAGCAGUGAUUAUCUUAUCGCACUGCGUCAUCGGCGGAAUAGAAGGGUCCCUUACGUCAAUCAAGCAUGCAUCGAAUGCAAGAGGAAGAAGAUCAAGUGCGACGGUGUCAACCCCUGCGCGGCAUGCACACGGAAUUCGGUCACAUGCCAAUACCACCCACAGCGUCGAGUUCUAGGCACUCCGAAGCUCAGUUCAAACGUCUCAAAAACUGUAUCUACACACACUCGAUCAUCACAAUCGCCUGGCCAAGAGACGAGUCCUGUCCUUGAGUCUGGGCCAAAUCUCAUGUCAUGUGACGCAAGUAGUAAUUCUCCGGAGUUUUGUGGCCCAUCAAGCUCUGAGUUCACUUUUGGAGUUGUCAAAGGCAAUCUCGAGGCCAUGGGAAUCCCGCCCUCUAUAUUGGACAAGUCUACCCCGAAGACCAACCCUGCCUCAAAUACGCCAUCUCAGCUGGCGCAAUAUGGGCCACUCAUGAAGAUUCUAGCCCGAGAUCCGCUAUGGGAAAUCAGCCUCGAAGAUGCUACCAACCACAUCCGAGAGUGGUUUUCGGGCACCGGCUUUCUCUACGCCGUCGUCAGCGAAGAGCAGCUUCUCAAGGUUGCUAGUAACGUGUUUGACACUCUACGGGCCGUCAACGUUCACGAGACGCGGGGUCGAGGAACUCUGGCAGAGUGUCUUUUCCACAGUGAUACUAACAAACUAAAACUUAUCCUGGCUACUUGCUUGACUUUGGAGAGUGGCAAUUGCAAUGACUUAGCUCAGAGGCUCUUUCAGAGCGCCACCGAAGCUGGCGAGGGGCUUCUAUGGGGUAAAAACUCGAUUAGCAACAUACAGAUGCUGGUGUUGAUGGCCCUUUACUACUAUCACCUUGAUGAAGAAGUACGGACCGGUCGCAUCAUUGGAUUUGCAGCUCGGCUCUGCCUCGAAAUGGGCUUACAUCGCAGGGCUUCUGUAGAUCGCUUUACCAACUCGGAAGAGCAAGCAGCGGGGCUACAGACGUUCUGGUGUGUGUACAUGUUAGAGAGAAGGACAAGCCUGGGCCAGGGGAUACCGUUCUAUAUACAGGACUGCCAUGUCGACCCCACACUACUCGCAAUGAACGGACAUGAUCCGGUGAUGACCGCGCUUCUCGACUGGACCAAACUAGCGGGCAAGACGUGGUACGCCCUCAAUAGCCAAGUCGAGAAAGAGAGUGAGCUUAAUAUCGACAAAAUCGACUAUCUCGAUUACCGGAUAGAGCAGUGGUAUCAACUCCUGGCUGACGACCUGAAGCUUGAACCCAUUCAGCCGGGGCAAGAGGUUCGACAUGUUCAGGCUGUGCUAUUUCUCCGCAAGAGCCAUUUGCACAACUUGAUCUGUCGCCCGGUGCUCCAAUCUGGUACGCGGAUCACGCAGUAUCAGAGACAUGCUCACAAGGCCGUCGCCGUUGCCAAAGAGUCGCUACAGAUGCUCUCAGGCCUCAACGAAAAUACCGCCAUCAUAAAGCGUAAUCCGCUUUUUUUCAAGCACCUCUUACUAACUGCUUUUGGCAACCUGUUACUGGCUGUUGUGAAUGCCAGCUCCAUGUUCUGCGACAAAGUCACUGUCGAGUUUGACAUUGCGCUGGAUAUGAUCAGAGCCCUAAGCAAUAGGUCGACGUUGUUGCUGACUCUUUGGGAGCGACUUCAAGGCCUACGGAAACUCACGACACGGCUGUCUGCCUCUUCGGCCACGGCAUCGACUAGCAGCGGGCAAGGUGAACAGAGAGAUCGUGUCGAAAGCCCUUCUGAUGCUCUAUUGUUUGGCAAUAUGGGAGAUAUGAUGGUUUUUGACCAGCUGAACGGUUUCUUUGAUCUUACGCCCAUGUCCACGAACUCACUUCCUAACAUGGGCUCCCCAUUUCCGAUGGAGACAUUGGCGGGGUACACGUCACGAACAGUGCCCUUCAAAGUUACCUCAGAUAUAACCAUCAACGCCGACGUCGUGUACCCCGAGAAGUCAGAUGGCUCUCCCGCUGUUGUGCUGCUGCAUUAUCACGGUGGCUUUCUUAUCGUCGGAGAUCGGUAUUCGUUCUUGCCUCACUGGCUUGUGCAUGCCUCCGCCUCCCGUGGAUGGGUCUUUGUGACUCCCGAGUACCGCUUGAUGCCCGAGUCGACCGCACACGACUCCGUUGAAGAUGCAGCGGACGCCUAUAAAUGGGCCCUGUCGUCACUGCCGGAGAUCAUAGGCCGUCCGGUCGGUUCAAUUUUAGUCGGUGGGUCAAGCGCUGGUGGGUAUCUAGCUCUUAACACAGCCGUCUCGGCUGCUCAAAAGCCUAGCGCACUUCUGCUCAUCUACGGGAUGCUCGAUCCUUCUGGAAGUCGAUACACAACUCCCGGGAAAAAUAUCUUCGGCCGGCCGCCAGUCGAGACCGGGCCAAUCCUGGAAAAGUGGCCCAUGGCCAAGGCUUCGGGCGAAGAGAGGAAGCCUGUCUCAGCUUAUCCGAUAUCAGGCGACCCGUCCGCUGACCCCAGAUUUGCUCUUACGUCGGCACUGCACAUCGACGCCCUCUUCCCCGACUACAUGACUGGCGUCUCUGGUCUUACUCGUCAGAUUGCCACUCAAGGAGCUGCAGCAGUACCCAAAGAACACCAACUUCUAUUCCCACUUGACUUUGGGGAUUUCAGUGGCUUCCCGCCUGUCAUGCUACUCCAUGGUGCGAACGACUCAGCUGUACCGGUUGAGUGUAGCACCAGAGCCGCAGAGAAGCUCAAGGCAUCUGGAGUGCGUGUGUUGGCAGAGUUUCCAUCUGAUGCGGAGCACGGUUUCGAUGGAAGGUCCGGUAACGUCAACGUCGAGACUUCAGCUGGGGAUUCGGUGACUGCUGUGGAGUCUCUCAGGAAGGCGAUUGGUUUCCUCGAGCAGCAUGCGGCCAAAUAG